GCAGGCGGGCACUGAACGGGUGGCGGUGACAGGCGACGCGAGUCGGCACUCCCUCCCCCGCGCGGCGCGCUGCCGGCCCCACCAUGGAGCCGGCUGUGUCUUUGGCCGUGUGCGCGCUGCUCUUCCUGCUCUGGAUCCGCGUGAAGGGGCUGGAGUUCGUGCUCAUUCACCAGCGGUGGGUGUUCGUGUGUCUCUUCCUGCUGCCGCUCUCGCUCAUCUUCGACAUCUACUACUACGUGCGCGCCUGGGUGGUGUUCAAGCUCAGCAGCGCGCCGCGCCUACACGAGCAGCGCGUGCGGGACAUCCAGAAACAGGUACGAGAAUGGAAGGAGCAAGGCAGCAAGACCUUCAUGUGCACAGGGCGCCCCGGCUGGCUCACCGUCUCACUCCGAGUUGGGAAGUACAAGAAGACACACAAAAACAUCAUGAUCAACCUGAUGGACAUUCUGGAGGUGGACACCAAGAAACAGAUUGUCCGUGUGGAGCCCUUGGUGACCAUGGGUCAGGUGACUGCCCUGCUGACCUCCAUUGGCUGGACCCUGCCUGUGCUGCCCGAGCUCGAUGACCUCACUGUGGGGGGCUUGAUCAUGGGCACAGGCAUCGAGUCAUCGUCCCACAAGUACGGCCUGUUCCAGCACAUCUGCACUGCCUACGAGCUGGUCCUGGCCGAUGGCAGCUUUGUGCGGUGCACACCGUCGGAAAACUCAGACCUGUUCUACGCUGUGCCCUGGUCGUGUGGGACCCUGGGCUUCCUGGUGGCUGCUGAGAUUCGCAUCAUCCCGGCCAAGAAGUAUGUCAAGCUGCGGUUUGAGCCAGUGCGGGGCCUAGAGGCGAUCUGUGACAGGUUCAAGCAGGAGUCCCAGCGGCAGGAGAACCACUUUGUGGAAGGGCUGCUCUACUCCCUGGAUGAGGCCGUCAUCAUGACGGGGGUCAUGACAGACCAGCUGGAGCCCAGCAAGCUGAAUAGCAUUGGCAAUUACUACAAGCCGUGGUUCUUCAAGCACGUGGAGAACUACCUGAAGACAAACCGAGAGGGCCUGGAAUACAUCCCCUUGAGACACUACUACCACCGGCACACGCGCAGCAUCUUUUGGGAGCUCCAGGACAUCAUCCCCUUCGGCAACAAUCCCAUCUUCCGCUACCUCUUUGGAUGGAUGGUGCCCCCCAAGAUCUCCCUCCUGAAGCUGACCCAGGGCGAGACCCUGCGCAAGCUGUAUGAGCAGCACCACGUGGUACAGGACAUGCUGGUGCCCAUGAAGUGCCUGGAGCAGGCCCUGCACACCUUCCACAACGACAUCCACGUCUACCCCAUCUGGCUGUGCCCAUUCAUCCUGCCCAGCCAGCCAGGCCUGGUGCACCCCAAGGGAGAUGAGACUGAGCUCUACGUGGACAUCGGAGCUUACGGGGAGCCGCGUGUGAAGCACUUCGAAGCCAGGUCCUGCAUGAGGCAGUUGGAGAAGUUUGUCCGAAGCGUGCAUGGGUUCCAGAUGCUGUACGCCGACUGCUACAUGAACCGCGAAGAGUUCUGGGAGAUGUUUGAUGGCUCCCUGUACCAUAAGCUGCGGGAGCAGCUCAGUUGCCAGGACGCCUUCCCCGAGGUGUAUGACAAGAUCUGCAAGGCCGCCAGGCACUGAGCCUGAGCCCGCCUGCAAAGAGACAGACGUGUGGGGUGCACACCGUCCCCGGGGCCAGGAGGCAUCUUCCCGUCACUCAAGCUUGGCUGCUCUCCCAGAUCCACACUUUCAGAAACAAACCCCUCCAGAAAUCCCAGGCAGAAGCCCCAACGGACUGCUCCCAGCUUCCAGGGGCCACCCCGUGGAGAGGGAAGGACAUGGGAUUUGUAGUCAGAUGAACCUGAGUCCAGUUCCCAGUUCAGCCACUCAUUAGCUGUGUGACUCUGGUGAGUCACUCAGCCCCUCCGAGGCCGGCUCUUCCUCUGCUGACAGGGAUGACAGUAUUUGCCUACAGGCUGUGGUAGCUAUUGUUGCUUCCCGUCGGGUAUCAGAUCUGACCGAAGUGCUUUGCAUUCAGUGGUUGAGUCCAGAGGGCUCCAUGUUAGGUCCCCUGGGUACAGGCUUGGCUGGAAUGAGGAAAGCAUGUCCUGGAGUUGCACUGCCACGGCUUCCAUCAGCCAGCCAUUGCUCCUCACCGGGGGGAGCGAGGGUCCUCUCCAGCCCUGGGGUCUCAGGAGGGCAGCAGAUGGGCGGGCAAGCCCAAGAUGUGCUGUGCCAAAGCCAGGUCCAAUCCCAAAGGUUUCUCUGCCGUCCUCGGUGAUGAUGUCCUGUCCUCCCUCCUUCGCACUCAGGCUCACAUGCACCGCCCCCUCCCCACCCCCACAGCCAUCACCUAGUCUACUCCUAGGGGACCAUGUUCCUGGGGAAGACACUUCAGGGUUGAAUCCUGUCCCUGACCUGGGACACCCGCCCAAGUGGAAUGAGUGGUUUCUGCUCUGCAUUGAAUCCAGUGGAUCGGGCUCAUCCUUGGCUUUCUGUCCCUCCAUGCCUCUUGUCCCCAGAGCCCGCUUAGCUGUGGUGGGGUGCGUCCACGCUGCUCUGCGGCAUCGGGGCGGGGGAGUGGACCAUACCUGCAGGAAAAUGGAGCCUGCUGUUGUUAGGGUCCAUCACCAUGGGGCUAAAAGAGUAGACUGUCAGCUUAAUUUCUGCAACCACUCGUCCCCUUUUUUUCUUUCUCCCCCACGUCCCCAGCUGUAGUUAAUUUCAGUGCCUUACAAAUCCUAAGCUCAGAGAAAAGUUAGCUCCAUUUCCGUUCCAGAGGGAAGGGACACUCCCUAGGUCCCUUCCCCACUUAUUAAAGCUUGGUUGUUUAUGCAACCCCAUCUUAAGAACUGCCCGGGCUCAGCUAAAGACCCAGUAUUUGGGAAGGAGUUGCAUCCCAUAAGGGAAGCUUGUAUUAAGCGAGCUGUGCCCAGCAGUGACGUUCUGAGAGAGCGCGCACCGCACCAGGAGUCAGGAGACCUGGGUUUCAGCCCCUGAUGAGCUGUGCAACUGUGGGCAAGUCAUUUGUUCCUCUGAACUACAGUUUUUCCUCAUCUCUCACAUCAGUACAGACAAGACCUCCCUGGAGCCACUCUGCUAUAGAAGUGUAUGGCUGUCUUAGACCCCGUGGUUGCAAAACCCAUGGAAAGCCUCAUUUAUGUGGAAAAUCAGAGGAAAAAUAAAUGAUCGAGUGGAUACUUGGGGGUGGUCUGCUCAUUUUCAGAAAGGCUCACAGGAAGCAGCAGUGCUGAUGCUGCAGGUUGCCAGAAUCCUCACAGUCACGCUUUGGUGACGGAUGCUCACCCACCCCACCCAGGGCUUGGCACACUGCAAAGUAGCUUAGCGUGAUCCUGAGUGCUGGGUGCAUUCAUGGCACAGAAGGCAAAGGAACCCCCUUACCCAUUUGGCCUCUGAAGGGGGCCCAGGAAAAAUAGAAGAAACCUCGUUCCCUAGCUUGUAUGCAAAGCACGUGAAUUCUGGCAUUGGUUCUCAUAGUGGGCCCGUGUGCUUCCUGCUCAGGGUUAAACUGAUGAUCCUAUUUGCUGUGGAGGAAUGGUUAACCCGGGCAGAUUAACCCAGGAGAAAAGACCAUCAUUUCACCAGUGGGGCCUCCAUCCCUAAGCCACUGGGAGGGCGGCCAGAGAUGCCAGCAGCCUCUGUUGUCCUUUGCCUGACAAACCAAAAUCCUGUCCUUCACAGACCUCACUCAGAACCUGGGGCUUGGAAGGGAAGUUCUUGGCACCAUACCAGCCCCAGGUUAAUGUUUUGCUCCAAUAAUCUCUUGUCUGGCAAGGGCAGCCUUCCAAGCACGGUGAGCUGUCAGCUUUUCCUUGUAGCCAGUCCCGUCACUGUCCAACCUCGCGGUGGUUUCAGGUGGAGCUGAACUUCGCACUGGGGUGGGAGGACAGUGUGUGGAAAGUCAAAGAAUAGGCCUCUCCCUCCGGAGCCGCGGGUUUCUGAGCUGCGCAAAGGUUUUCUGUAAAAUCAAUUAUAGCUGGUUCCUUUGGCUGGAAGGAUGCAUAAUUUAAUUGGGUGUUACUAAAAGGAAAGGGAGAGCUGGGGAUGUUGUGUGAUUGGUUUUUUUCCUCCUCGAUCAUGGGGUCCAAGGAGAAAGGCAUGAGCCUCCCUUAGCAGGCUCUUGCAACCGCAGGCACUAUGCCCACUGUCCAGAAUAUCUCACGUCCCUGCAGCUGUGUGGCCGCCGCUUCUGUGAAAAUAAAAGUGUGA